AUGAAUAAAAAAGUUUUUUAUUACCCAGGAAAUCCAUUACAGCUAGACCUAACAGUUAAGAAUGAUGAUACAUUAGAACAGAUCAGAGAAACAAAAAGCAUAAGCAAAGAUAAAAAAUUCUAUAUAAUGAAGCAAAUUAAAGAUGAAAAGCAAAAAGUCAAAAGCAUUUCUGAAGAGGGUGGAUCUUUUAUUGUUUUAACUCAAAUUGGAACACCUGAAGGCGAUCCUGGAAAAGUAGAAAAAAAUCUAAAUUCGAAAAGUCUCAAAUUUACAUUUAAGAAUAGAAAUCCGGAUAAAGAACUUGAAAUCUUUAUAGGUCCGACUCAAACAAUCCACGAUCUUGAUACACAAGUAAUAAAAGAAUUUAAAUUUAACCAACGCCGUAUACAGUAUAUUUUAAAUGGAAUGGAAAUCGAUGAAAAAGAAUGUGCUGCACAUAUUGCUGCAAGAAAUAGAUGCGACAGACCUAUUUACGUUUUCGAGACAUCUCAAGAGCUUCCUAUUACAGAAGAAACGAAACCGAAUACAGAAAUUGCUGUUCCUCCCUCUAACGAUACAAAACCAAACGAAAAUAUACAAACAGUUAAUAAUUUAAGUCCGUCUCAAACCGAAACACUUGAAAUCGAUGAAAAACCACCUUUAGAAGUACAACCAGCAAUGUUGACUGCUAAAUGGGGUCCUGGUUUUCCCUCAAGUCCCUCAGAUGAUUUUGAUAUACCACAAUUCGCUGAACUGGAUAGUGAUCAUUAUAAACCAAACUUCAGAUCCAAAAGAAAUAGUUUACUUUCUGAUUCACUAAAAAUUACAAGCAAACCACAGAUAAAUGAAGAAGAUAUGGAUUCAGAUGCAUCAAUAACAAUCAUUGAAAACAAACCACAAAAACAAGAACAAAAUGUACCAGUAGUUGAAACAACAAAUUCUUCUCAAGAAACAAAACUUGUUCUUGUUAAAUCAGAUGAUUCUAAAAGAUUGGAAGCUGAUAUUUCCAAUAUAAAUACAUUCGAUAAUCUCACAGGAGCGAUGUUUUCUGAGUUCGAAUGUCCAGAAGAUGAGUUAAUAUCAUACAUGGAUCCAACAAAUGGAGAUAUCAUUGAAUUGAAAACUCCUGUUUCAAAAUUUGCUGGAAAAACGGUUAUUUUCGGAAUUUCUGGAGAAAUUGACAAAAAAGCAAAAGAAAUCAAGAACAAACAAAACAAACCAAAUGAACCUCAAGAGAAGAAAGAAGAAGAAGAAAAGAAAGAGCCUGUCGUUGAAAAAGCAGAAGAAAGUUGUGAUAAAUUCAAAGGUUUGAUUCCAAAAGAAAAGGUUUUUAUUUUUGUUUACGAUACGAAAAUUGGCGAAGAAGUCGAUGCGGAUGAAACAACAAUUGAAACGUUUAAUGAAGAAUAUUUUGACAAGUUUAAUUUGAAAUAUGAAGCCGAAAUUGCAUAUAUUGAACCAAAUGGCACAAAAAUUAGUUUCGACAGUUAUCUCAAGGAUUUCGGAGGACAAGUCAUCAUCAUCAGAUAUGCAUCUGAUUUAGAAAAUGCAUUAGACACAAAUGCUAUUUACAAAUACAUUUUAGACUAUCGAACGAAAAAAACAAAUGAUAAAACAUCAAAAGAAAACACAAAUGAAGAAAAACCAAAAGAUUUACCUGUAGAAAAAAUAGAAGAAAACAAAAAUGAAGAGGAAAUCGAAAUAAUUGAACAUAAAACUGAAUUAGUUGAAGAAAAGAAAGAAGAAAAAAUCGAAGUUGAAAACAAAAAAGUGGGAGAAAAAGAUAAUAAAAUUGAAUCAAUCCCUGAAAACGAAGAAGAAAUUGUUAUAAUUGAUACAAAACCUCUUUUUAUGGAAGAUGAUAGCAAAGAAGAAGAAGCACCUUUUACUACAAUAGAAAGGCCAAUUCAUACUAUAGAAAUGAAAAAUGAAGAAAAAGUAGAAUAUAAACAAAAUAAUCAGGUUGAAGAAAAGAAAGAAAUUCCAAUUGAAGAAAAGAAAGAAAAUCCAGUUGAAGAAAAGAAAGAAAUUCCAAUUGAAGAAAAGAAAGAAAUUCCAAUUGAAGAAAAGAAAGAAAUUCCAAUUGAAGAAAAGAAAGAAAAUCCAGUUGAAGAAAAGAAAGAAAAUCCAGUUGAAGAAAAGAAAGAAAAUCCAGUUGAAGAAAAGAAAGAAAAUCCAAUUGAAGAAAAGAAAGAAAAUCCAGUUGAAGAAAAGAAAGAAAUUCCAAUUGAAGAAAAGAAAGAAAAUCCAGUUGAAGAAAAGAAAGAAAUUCCAAUUGAAGAAAAGAAAGAAGAAAUUGAUCUUAUAACUGAAAGUCCAAUUAGCCUUAUUGAAGAGAAAUCAGAAUUAAAAGAUCAGGAGAAUGAAGAAAAUAUAGUUGAAGUUAAACAAAUUGAAGUGAAGAAAGAAGAAAAGAAAGAAAAUCCAGUUGAAGAAAAGAAAGAAAUUCCAAUUGAAGAAAAGAAAGAAAUUCCAAUUGAAGAAAAGAAAGAUGGUCAAAAUGAAGUGAAGAAAGAAGAAAAAGUAGAAAAGAAGGCAGAGCAAAAAGAAGAAUUUGAUGAUAGUGAUUCAAUUCAAAUUAUUGAAGAGAAGCCAGCGAUUACUACAUCAACUAAACCAGAGAAGAAUGAGUCUGGGCAAUCAGAAUCAAAUGAUAUUACAGGAUUAAUCCCGAAAGAUAAAGUUUUCUUUGUUACUCAUACAAAGAGUUUCCAGAUUGAAUUAGAUGCAGAUAGUACAACUUUUAAUGAUUUCAAUGACAAAUAUUAUGAUGACUUUGAACUUGAUUCAGGAGACGAUCUCUACUACCUUGAUUUGAUAGAGAAUAAAAAAAUUGAUCUCGAUAGUGAAUAUCUAAAUGCCUACGGAGGAAAGGUUAUUCUCAUUAUAUACAGUGACCUAUAUUAUUCUCUUGACAAACAAGCAUGGAUAGACUACAUUAUAUCAAUUAAAGGUGGAAUGGUUAAGAAAGAAAAUAUUGAAAAAGCAGUGAUCAAAGAAGAAAAACCUAUAUCAGAUGAAGAUAAUGAAAUAAUUAUUCAAAAUAAAGAAGAGGAAAAGCUUCAAUUUAAUAAGAAGGAAUCAAAUGAAGAUGAUGAUAUUAUAAUUAUUGAAAAGAAAGAAGAAGAAAACUCUGAACCCACCAUAGAAAUAUUAUUCCAUAACUCAAAUGAAAUCUCAACUGUGAAACAGACAGAAAUACUUUCCAUUAAUAACGAGAAAACAUUUACUGAUAUAAAGAACGAAUUGAUCGAAAAAUGUCCGAAAUUAUCAAGUGAGAAUAUAAUCUUCAGGGAUAGUGACUAUGUUGCAAUAGAUGAUUCAGAAAAGGUGUCUUUCUACAAAGAUCAAUCUAUUCAUGUAAUUUUAGAUCCUUCAAUUGAUUUAUCAAAUAAUAAUCAAGAUGAUCCAGUCGAUAUCAUAACUCUGUCAUAA